UUUAACAGGCCAUUCCCCGCCACGGAAACAAAACGCAGAGACCUGAAACCUGGAAAGACAAGAGGAUUAGAGGAAUGGGAGUAGAAUGGGCUGAACUACAGCCAGAAAUUGUGGAAUUAAUCUCGAAAAGCUUAACCAUUUAUGCCGAUUACCUUCGAUUCCGAUGCGUGUGUCACAGCUGGCGAUCCUCCCUCCCCAAAACCCCUCUCCAUCUCCCACCCCAACUCCCCUGGCUCAUGCUUUCUUCCCGAGCUUUCUUCGACCUUUCUAACAACAAAACCCAUCUCCUCAAUCUUCCCUUAUCUUCUCAUCGCACCCGAAUCUGCGGUUCCUCUCAUGGCUGGCUUGUUAUUCUCGACGAAACCCCCGAGGUUCGUCUUUUAAACCCCAUAACACGUGCCACAAUUGCUCUUCCUCCACUUUACACUUUCCCAAACGUUACGAGUUUCAAUUAUUCUAAUAUCGGCCGAGAAUACUUAAUUAGAAACCCUUAUGGUGGCGUCGAUGCUUUCAAUUUGAGGCAGAUGUGUAAUUCUUUCCUCAGAAAGGUUGUACUGUCAUCGAGCCCAUCGCAAAGCGAUGAUGAUUUCACUGCAUUUGCCAUUGCUGGUCAUAAUAAUUUGGCCUUCUGCAGAAAGGGUUAUGAUUCUUGGGUUUUCGUAAUUGAAGAACUAUAUUCUUGGGAAGAUGCUGUUCAUCAUAAUGGGUUGUUUUUUGCGGUGAGCAAGGGAGGAAUAAUUGCAGUGUGUGAUGUUGAUGGUUCUUUCCCACCUCAUGUAUCGAUUAUUCAGACAACAGCUCCGAUGCAAUUCUCUGGUGAUAUCCAUUAUAUAGUGUUUUCUGGGGAGGACAUGUUAUUGGUCACUCGGAUUCUAGAACAUGAUUUUUCUGAUGAAGGAGAUGAAUCGAAUUUGGUGUAUAGGACGGUGGGGUUCGAGAUUUUUAAGAUGAAUUGGAGUUUGCUGAAGUGGCAAAAAAUUGAAACUUUGGGCGACCGCAUGUUGUUUAUUGGGGGAAAUUCUUCGCUUUCUUUUUCUGCUUCUGAUUUUGUGGGAUGUUUUGCAGAUUGCAUCUAUUACACUGAUGAUUAUUCGGAGUCUAAUCACGAUGAUGCCUAUGGGAAACAUGAUUUAGGCAUCUUCAGAUUAUGGGAUCAGAGUAUUGAGCCGUUGCCCUGUUAUCCUCGGAAUUCAUAUUCUCGGUUAGGUUGGCCUCUCCCAAUUUGGGUUUCGCCAAAUCCAUGCUAAUUUGGGAAUCUCAAUGUGUAAGUUUAGUUGUUUGUGUUUGUAUGUAUCUGGGUUCCUUCAAGGGGGGGAAAUUACUCUUUUAUAUUUAAGCCAAAUAAAUAAAUGCCUUAUGAUCAUGGAUAGCAGCUUGCCUUAUUGGAUGGUAUAUAUUCAUGUACAUUGUACUAUGGAAACAUGGAACUGUAAACGAGUAAAGUUAUUUUCAGGUGGCCUUUGUGAUACAUAUGGUAACCUGUUUUAUUGUAAAUUUGUAAUGUAUGACUAUUUAAAUAGUUGGUGAA